AUGGGUGCUGCUAUAUCUCUCCCGCUUAUACCGGUGACUUACUUGGCUUCCACGGUAAGCUCGUGCGUUGGAGCCGCUGCGUGUUCAGCCUUCUGCUCCUCUAUUGGGGGCACAUUCAAAUCCUCCAUAAUGACAAGAAUAACGUACGCUUUUCUCUUGCUACUCAAUUGCCUUCUAUCCUGGAUAGUAAUGUCGCCCUUUAUAGUGAAAAAACUAGAGAAAGUGACCUUUGGUUACAUCAAUGAUCGAUGUGGUACGGAUGGUGUAGAGUGUACUAGCUUUGCGUCUGUAUACAGGAUAAAUUUUGCCCUUGGCAUGUUGCACUUGUGUCUUGCGGGACUUCUUAUGAAUAUCACGUCAACAUCCAAUCCAAGAGCUGUCAUUCAAAACGGGACCUGGAAAUUGAAGUUCUUUGUUUGGCUUCUUUUCGUUACCGUGAACUUUGUGUUCAUCCCUGAUGGGUUUUUCGUGUUUUACGGGAAUCACAUUGCAAUUAUAUUCUCCACGAUAUUCAUUGGCAUUGGAUUGAUAUUGCUCGUGGACUUUGCCCAUGCUUGGGCAGAGAAAUGUUUGGAAAAGAUCGAGAUGGAGGAACUCAACGGUGAAGAGAGUGCCGGUUUUUGGAAGAAGUUGCUCAUUGGUGGGACGUUAUCCAUGUACUUAGGAAGCAUUGUGCUUACUGUGAUCAUGUACUGGUUCUUUGCCAAUGAAGGUUGCAGUAUGAACAAGGCAGCAGUGACAAUCAACUUGAUUUUUGGUAUUUUGAUUUCCAUAAUGUCCGUUAAUCAAACUAUUCAGGAGCUGAACCCACAUGCAGGGUUGGCUCAAAGUUCCAUGGUUGUGUUUUAUUGUUCCUACUUGGUGAUGAGUGCAGUAGCAUCUGAGCCUGACGAUAAAAUGUGCAACCCGUUGGUUAGAUCCAAGGGUACCAGAACUGCCAGUAUUGUCUUGGGUGCGUUCUUCACGUUUAUUGCUAUCGCGUAUACGACUACAAGAGCAGCGGGGAACUCAGCAUUCUUCGAUGAUGGUGAAGAGACCAACUCCAUUGGCGAUGUUUCUCAGUCUGCAUACAUAUCGGGCCAACCGUCAUCUUCUAGAAGGGAAAUGAGGUAUCAGGCCAUUAAGCAAGCGGUAGAUGAAGGCCUGCUACCAGAAAGCGCAUUGACUCAGCUUGAUUUGUACGACGAUGAUGAGCCAGAUAAUGCAAGAAGUGGAGCUGGAAGUGACGAAAGCGCUAGUGUUCAGUACAACUACUCAUUGUUCCAUAUUAUCUUUUUCCUUGCAACGCAAUAUGUUGCAACAUUAUUGACUGUUAAUGUGCAGAAGGACGACUACGGUGACUUUGUACCUGUGGGUAGAACGUACUUUUCCAGCUGGGUGAAAAUUAUAAGUUCAUGGGUAUGUUUUGUGUUGUACGGAUGGAGUUUAUUGGCACCGGUGAUCUGGCCAGACAGAUUUGGAGGUGUUCAAUUGUAG